GUCUUUACAUUAGUUGUACACAAUCCUUCGACCGAUUUGCUGCGUAAAUUAUUAUUAAAGCCGUUACGAAAAUUCCAAUAAAAUGAAAGUUUUCGAAUACUUUCUUAUAACUUUAGCAUCUUUCAAAGGAUGCGAAUGUUUUAGAAACGAUACCAUGAGGGGCUUUUACAAUGCUUUGGAUGGGCUUUCUGAACAACGAUGCAAAGAUAAACCAUACGGUUAUAAAAUUGCGGAUGAGACAGAUUGUUUUGGAUAUUUCAUCUGUCAUGGCGAAGAGGUUAUACAACAGUACUGCCCACAUGGUCACCGUUUCUAUGCUGCCUCACGAUCCUGUCAGAUCGGAAAAUGUCCCCCUUGUAUGGGUACUUGCGAUAUCGAUUGCAGUUCUGAGCCAGAUGGCACUCGAUUUCUCGAUUGCAAUCAUUGCCGAUUCUUUUGGCAAUGCGUUAGCGGAAGUGCAGUUAGGCUCUUCUGUGAACGGGGUAAGUGGUAUGAUCAUGAAAAUUAUGUAUGUAAUUUUCCCGAACAUGUGCACAACUGCCCUGCCAAUCAAGAUUAAAAAAUUUACAUAUGUAAAUAACAAAAUGUUUUUAAAUUAAUUUUCUUUGCCUUAAUAUGUGUAUUUCGAAAAUAAUUAUAGUUAUGUAUGUACAGAAAAUGAUACGGAGAUUUAAGUUCUUAAUAGGCAUAGUACCUUUCACGGCAAUUUGUAAUGUCCAUUUUAAAGGGAGAAGAAAUCUUUUCUUGGCUAUUUAUCCUCUUUGCAUUGACAGCUGGCGCGAACAACUUUGGUAUUUGUAACUUACACAUACCAAGAUAGCGUCCUUACGCACCGUAGCUUAGUCAAGAGUGGAGGAAUAAGCUUAGACGCCACUUUCACUGGCAUUAAUUGUGUUUGAACCGCUUGGAAUUUUAGAUGAAUCUGCUUAGUUGAGCAUUACAAAUGCAGAAAGUAUUAAAGAGCGGAUUAAAGACUGUAUCCAUAUUGUUUUUUUUUAUUAAUUUAUGAGGGUGAAAGCGUUUCACGCAAUUAACAGCAAGAUGUGAACCGAAAUAUCAAGAAAUAGUUGAAGAUUCCCUAUUUAUA